UCUCUCACUACGCAGGUUUCACUUUUCCCGACACCGAACAACAUUGUCAUUGACAGUAAAAAUAUUUAAAAAAGGUGGAUGGCAGCAACUGCAUAGCUGUCUACGUUUUAAAUCUAGUGAAUUAUAUUUUCCUAGCUAGUAGAUGAAUACACGUCGGUUGCUGUGAGCAGUCAAACGUUUUAGUACAAAGCCAGCCAACUACUUUUGCAAAGUCAGUACAGCUAACGUUGGCUAGCUUGCGUAAUUUUGGUGAGACAGUUUGCUAGCUACCUAACGAGUAAAAUUAGUAUUUUCGCGAAACACAAUUCUAGUAUUACUCAAAGGUCCGCGCUUACUAAGUUUCUAGUUUUUGGUUCAGCUGACAGUUCGCUAGUUGGUGUAGUGACCGAUUUACCGGCAAAAUGUCUUUGAAAUUAAUAAUCGAUCCCUAGCGAACUUCAAAGCCAGGUAAGUUGGGGCUGUAAACAAACAGCGACAAGACGGCAAGAGAAGGGAAGGAGGCGCUCGAAUCGCUCCUUCAGGAUUCAUCCACUGCAUCAUCAAAAAUGGAGUUGGCACUGCAGCAGCACAGAGAGGGAGAGAGGUGAAAGAGGGAGACAUGCAACAGAAACAGGAUUCUCAAGGAGGCAAACCCUCAAGCAUCCUGGGAAAGGCGCAUCCAGCUCUCAAGGCCUUCAUGUGUGGCUCCCUCAGCGGUACCUGCUCCACGCUGCUCUUCCAGCCUCUGGACCUGGUCAAGACACGCCUGCAGACCCUGCAGAACACCAUGAAGCCUGGAGCUCCUAAGGUGGGGAUGAUGACGGUGCUUAUCCAGGUCAUUCGGACAGAGAGCUUCCUGGGCCUGUGGAAGGGAGUGUCACCGUCUUUUGUGCGCUGUAUCCCAGGCGUAGGGAUCUACUUCUCUACCUUCUACUCACUGAAGCAGCACUACUUCCAGGAGGGCCGGGCCCCUAACGCUGGGGAGGCUGUGCUGCUGGGGGCCGGGGCCAGGGCCGUGGCUGGGGUCUGCAUGCUGCCUGUCACCGUCAUCAAGACACGCUUCGAGAGCGGACGGUACAACUACGUGAGCGUCCUGGGAGCUCUGAAGAGCGUGUGUGAGACGGAGGGACCCAGGGCUCUGUUCUCCGGGCUGACGGCCACACUGCUCCGAGACGCCCCCUUCUCUGGCAUCUAUGUCAUGUUCUACAGCCAGGCCAAGAGGUCCCUGCCACCGGAGGUGAGCUCGUCACCCUAUGCCCCAUUAGGGAACUUUGGCUGUGGGGUGAUGGCCGGAGUCCUAGCCUCUGUGGUCACCCAGCCAGCUGACGUGGUCAAGACUCACAUCCAGGUCAGCCCCGCCCACUGGACCACCAAGGACGCCAUUCGCUACAUCUAUACGGAGCAUGGUCUGAGGGGUUUCUUCCGUGGGGCUGUGCCACGCUCUCUGAGGAGGACUCUGAUGGCAGCCAUGGCCUGGACCGUCUACGAACAGCUGAUGGCCCGCAUGGGACUCAAGUCCUGAGGAGAGGAGACAGGGAGGAACUGAUAAAGGAGGAAUAUGCUUUUAUACAAAGCAGCAGUAUGAAGUAGAAGAAAGAGAGGAGGAUGAGAAGGAGUGAAGGAGGAGGGAGAGAGGAGGUGUAGGGACUGUUUAUCACUGCAACUAGCUUGGGAAAGAAAGAGGUGGGUGUCUGUGGCAUGGAAGAGUGUGUGUUUUACAUGUUGAUGUUUAUGAGAGUUAUUGUGAAUGUUUGAUGUAUGUCCUUACAUUGUCAACCCUGACCUUAAAUGACAUCCCCUUUUUCUGAGAACUGAACUGAUCCCUCUCUGACUGGGGAGACCAUAGAGAACUAUCUAUUUCUAUGGGGUAGACCAUAGGGAUGUAUUUAAUAUAUUUAUAUGGGGGAGACCCUCUCCGACUGGGGAGACCAUAGAGAAUGAUCUAUUUCUAUGGGGGAGAACCUCAGACUGGGGAGACUAUAGAGAAUGAUCUAUUUAUAUUAGGGAGACCCUCUCAGACUGGGGAGACCAUAGAGAAUGAUCUAUUUCUAUGGGGGAGAACCUCUGACUGGGGAGACCAUAGAUAAUGAUCUAUUUCUAUGGGGGAGAACCUCAGACUGGGGAGACUAUAGAGAAUGAUCUAUUUAUAUUGGGGAGAACCUCAGCCUGGGGAGACUAUAGAGAAUGAUCUAAUUAUAUUUCUAUGGGGGAGACCCUCUCAGACUUGGGAGACCAUAGAUAAUGAUAUAUUUCUAUGGGGGAGAACCUCAGACUGGGGAGACCAUAGAUAAUUAUCUAUUUAUAUUGGGGAGACCCUCUCAGACUGGGGAGACCAUAGAGAAUUAUAUAAUUAUAUUUCUAUUGGGCAGACCCUCAGACUAUGACCACUGUGGUUUAGCUCUGGAUACCACUCCAGUGACAGAGACUGUCGCCGACUGUCACCCACUACCACUGUCUAUGACUAUGAAUGACUGGGACUAACAUCUAGGUGUCUCUAACACUCCCAAGACGAAACAGCAGCUUUGAUUGAAUUAGCUCAGCAAGAGGUUAUCUGCUGGCUAAAAGUGUAGUGGACUGGACAAAGCUACCCAGUGCCAUAACCACGCAACAUAUUUACAAAUGACUGGCAGAAUACAUUAUAACAGCACAGUGAUUAUUGUGACCUGUCGACUGACUGAAGGAAAUAAGAUAUUUAUUGACUGACUAAAAUAUUUCUUACUAGCUUGGACAAUCAAGACAAUAUUGCUGUGCAUUGUCGAAAAAGACGAGGCUGAUAUUUUCUAUACCGCAACUGCACAAUUAGCUACUAGCAACUUGGCAUUGGCAUACUUAGCCAUAUUAAAAUAGUGUACAGCAGGUGUUCUCUAUACCCAAUUCAACUGGGAUCUCAUUUCUAGUGCAUUCCAUUCUGGUUGCAGUGUUGUAGACCGGAUGUGCUUUAUCUAACCAGUAAUGAUAGUCAAUCCCAGAGUCAUAGAUGGAUAAUUGGCUCUAGUCAAUGCCAUUGGAACCCAGACAAUGCAACUCUGGCCCCCAUUGUGCUGUAGCAUUGUGAGACAAUAGUCAACAUCACGAUCAUGAACAUGCAGCUUCAGCAUCACUGUAUUACAUGGGCCAGAUUCAGUAGUCACAAAAAGAAAGCAAACCGGAGGGACUAGCUCAUCUUGUCCUAAAUGACAUGUAAAAUGUUUUUGUUUUUCAAUGCAAAACAUUUUGCUACGGUGUGCACUAAUGUACACUACCCAGCUAAAUAUAGGAAUCCAUAUCAGUGAUGCACAGCCAUGGUCCUGGAUGGUCUCUUAUUAGUUUUGUAAAUGAAUAGGCCUAUGUAUUCAGCAUUUUGAGUAGUUCAUUUUUGGAAGCCCAUACACGUGUAUAUUUUUUAACCCACAGUGUCCAGUGUGCCAUGUCAUGGGUAUUAUUUUUUGAACAUGUCAGUUUUAAAGAGAUGUGUUAUAUUUAAAAGUAUUGUUACAGAUUCAAAAUAUACACUAAGUGAGCUCUACUCAGUAUUAGGAGGGUGUUCUUAAUGUUUGGAAUACUCAGUCUAUAGAGCCUGAAGCUUUGAGGACCAGAGAUGGCUGAGAGAAACUGAUUUAAAUCCAGUACCAUCACUACAAUCACUGUUUGCCAACUGUUUUGGGGUUUUACACACACAAAUGAAAAGGACAAAACAGCUUCAAUAUACACUGUGGCCAGUUUAUUAGGUACAUCCAUCUAGUACCGGGUCGAACCCCCUUUGCUUCCAGAACAACCUGAAUUAUUUGGGGCGUGGAAACAUUGCUCAAUUGCUAUCAAGGGACCAAACGUGCGCCAGGAAAACUUUACCCACACCGUGACACCACCGCCACCAGCCUGGAUGGGGCAAUGGACUCCUGUUGUUUAUGCCAAAUCCUGACUCUGCCAUCAGUAUGAAGCAACAGGAACCUGGAAUCGUCUGACCAGGCAAUGUUUUUCCACUCCUCAGUUGUCCAGUGUUGGAGAUCACGUGUCCACUGGAAGCGCUUGUUUAUAACUUAUAGGACCGGACCCCGGUGUGGUUGUCUGUUGCAAUAGGCCAUCCUAGACUAGGAUAGAUGAGUUGCGCAUCUCGAAAUGCCGUUCCCCGCCAUUAUUUGCCUGUUGGUGUCCCUCCUGUUAGCUUGCACAAUUCUUGCCAUUCUCCUUCGACCUCUCAUCAACAAGCUGUUUUCACCCACAGGACGGCCGCUUACUGGAUGUUUUUUGUUUGUCGCACCAUUCUCCGUAAACCCUAGACACUGUCGUGAGUGAAAAACCCAGGAGGCCGACCGUUUCCGAGAUACUGGAACCGGCGCGCCUGGCAGCAACGAUCAUACCACACUCAAAGUUGCGUAGGUUACUCAUUUUUCUCAUUCUAACGUUCAAUCGACUGGUAACUAAAUGCGUUGAUGCCUGUCUGCCUGCUUUUUAUAGCAAGCCACGGCCACGUGACUCACUGUCUGUAGGAGUGAAACCAUUUUUGUGAACGGACCUAAUAAACUGGCCGCUGAGUAGUUUGAGUCAUUGAGAGGGGAAACACUGAGUUAACCCUAGCUCAAUGCCAGUCAGUGACUGCACUUUAGAAUUCAACGCAUAUUUAUUCAUUCAUUCAAGCCCCUUUGCAGCGGCUGGUAAAAGGACUGGGGUGAUUGACAUUUCUUGAGAAUUGGUAGCUCUUCAGCCCUUGUCUGUGUGUUUGUGUUGUCGUUACACCAAGUUGUUUUUUGCCAUAACAUUCUUACCUUGGCGAUUAUCAUCGCUAUCACUAUUGUCCUUGAUAUUGUGACUUUACACUGUAUAUUGUCUGUUAUUAUUGUCAAUAUUUUGUCUGUGUGUGUGAGUUUGCUCAGACCGAUGCUGUGCCUGUUUUGUUUUUAAGUGAAUAAAAUUCCCCCCAUUUUUGUACAAUU